AUGCUGCCCAGGCGACCUCUACUGAAGGUUCUGCUCAAUACAAAACGCAGCAGCGAAAAGGGAAAGUCUCCUUUUGUCGACUAUGCUGUUGCAAAGUUGCCUGCCACCCCGCCAAAGUGCAAAAAACUCCUGCUAGACGACUUUGAGUUUGGCAAAGUAUUGGGCAAGGGCAAGCUAGGCAAGGUGUAUUGCGUGAAGCACCGGGAACUGGGACUCGUGUGUGCCAUCAAGGCCAUGAGCAAAAAAGAUUUGGUCAAUCUGAAGCUAGAGAAGAAUCUACGGAGAGAGAUUGAAAUCCAGAGAGACUUAGUCCACCCCAAUGUAUCUCGCUUGUACGGCUACUUCUACGACGACACGAACGUCUACUUGAUUCUAGAGUACGCGUUGUAUGGCGAAGUGUACCAAUUGUUGAAAACACGGCGCCGUUUCGACGAAAUCACCGCAUCAAAGUACAUCUUCCAGGUCUCCCAGGGCCUCCAGUACUUGCACUCCCACAAUGUCAUCCACAGGGAUAUCAAGCCAGAAAAUAUUUUGCUCCUGGAUUUGGGCGACGUGAAACUCAGCGACUUUGGCUGGUCCGUGAAGCUGGAUCCGUUGACCCAAAAAAGACUCACUGUUUGUGGAACCUUGGACUAUCUUUCACCCGAGAUGGUCGAGUCUCGCUCCCACGAUUUUGGCGUUGAUAUAUGGCUGUUGGGUGUUUUGGCGUACGAGUUCUUGGUUGGCAGACCGCCUUUUGAAGACGACGACAAAGGCACCACCUAUAAACGAAUCGCACGUGUGGACCUACGAAUCCCGGGAUUCUUGUCCGAAGAGGCUGCCGACUUUAUCACUAAGCUUCUACAGAAGAACCCUCGUCAGAGACUUGCAUUGGCCGAGGUUGCCAACCAUCCAUGGAUCGAGAAGCACCGUCCUCACUGGAAGUCCGUAAACUAG